GGCGGCCUGAGGCAGUGCCUGUCCGAGUUCAGGCAGCAGCUGGCUUGGAUAGAAAGGCUGGAUGUGACUUUGGGCCAGGUCGCGGACCCCGUCUCACAGAGUGCUUCCAACAAAGAUGCUGUUGACCCUGAGAAUGAUUUCCAGAGAGAGAUGAGCUUUUACCGGCAGGCUCAGGCAGCGGUCCUGGAAGCCCUGCCGAGGUUGCGGAAGCUCCAAGUUCCUACAAGGAGGCCAGAUGAUUACUUUGCAGAGAUGGCCAAAUCAGACCAGCAGAUGCAGAAGAUUCGACAGAAGCUUAAGAGUAAACAGGAAGCAAUGGAGAGGUCUGAGAAGGCGAAACAGCUCCGUGCAAUGAGAAAAUAUGGCAAGAAGGUGCAAACUGAGAUUCUGCAGAGGAGACAAAAAGAGAAAAAAAAUAUGUUGAAUGCAGUCAAGAAAUACCAGAAAGGUCUCUCUGACAAGCUGGAUUUUCUAGAUGAAGAUCAGACAUCGUCUCAGGGGAAUAAAAAAGGCAAUGCAAAUCAACGGAUAAAGAAGGGGCCAAAUGCCAAAAGACGAUACAAGAAUCAGAAGUUUGGUUUUGGUGGGAAGAAGAAGGGCUCAAAGUGGAACACAAAGGAGAGUUUUAAUGAUGUAUCCAGCUUCCGGUCGAAAGUGGCACACAACAAAGGCCCAGGAAAAGGAGGAAAAAAAGCCCUCAAUAAGAGACCUGGAAAGAGAGCAAGGCAGAAAAUGAAGAGCCGAGCACGCUAAGAGGACUUUGCUCCCCAGUGGGGUUCCUGUGUUUCUGUGUGUUGCAAGAUGUGUUUCUACUGGCAUCAAGCAGCUGACUGUGGAGCAGAUUUCCAAGUGGCAAGAAAAAAAGCCAGUGGAAACUAGUGCCUUAGACAGUAAGAAGAAAUUCGUGAUGUUUUGUUGAAGGACUGUUUUCUACUUAAACCUUUGGGGUGUGAACACAUUAAAUAGUUUGCACAAAACUGUCUAAUUCAUGUUGCGUUAUGAAUGGUGGCUGACACCUGCCCUUUGUUCCCUUCAGUCUGACACCUUUUUCCCCAGCUACUGUUGACAUGUACUUGGUGAACUCGAGUUCUGGGUCAUGUUGCCAACGUCAGAAUAAGAAGUCUGAAACCUGUUGA